AUGCUGUAUCUAUGGUUACUUACCAUCAAAUUCAUAUGUUUCUUUCCCUUUGCUUAUACAGAAUCACUUGAUUAUAGAUAUGCUUGUUUAGAUCAGUCUUCUGAUCAUCCAUCUCCGAGAUAUCAAACCAACCUCAACGAUUUACUCUCAUUACUGUCAUCACAUUCUGCUAAAAGCAAAGGUUUCGGUCACAGAACUUCAGGUUUUGAUGAAACCAAUAAGAUUUAUGGACUAUACUUUUGUCGUGGUGAUGCGAACGCCACCCUUUGCAACUCGUGCAUUGAAAAUUCUAGCAAAAUGAUAAAACAGGUGUGCCCGAAUAAUGUUUCUGCUGUUUUUUGGUGUCCGUUUUGUCUUCUGAGGUACUCAAAUAAGAAUUUCUUCGGCAAAUUAGAUAUAAGACCGAGGAUUCCUAUGUUUGACGCAACGCAGAAUUCUACCGGUGAAUUUGAUAGUGAUGCUAGGAUUUUGAUGAAUGGUUUGAUAGAUAUGGGAUCAGAAGCACCUUUAAUGUUUGGUACGCAUAUGUUUAACAUAAACGGUACUCAAAGAAGAUACGGUUGGGUGCAAUGUAGCAGAGAUAUUACUAGCGAGGAAUGUAGAACUUGUUUGAGCAAUAUGAUUCAAGAGGUUGAAAAAUGUUGCAAGGAGAAGCGAUUUUGGAGAAUCUUUUCGCCUAGUUGCGUUGUUAUGUAUGAAACUCAGCCAUUCCUUUUGAAUGAUGUACAGCAUGACGCAGUUCCGCCUCAGAAAGCGCCAGAAAAGGAUGAAACAAAGUCGUUGACUCUAAAAAUAAUCAUUCCUGUGAUCGGAGUGGUAGCAGUAGCGCUAUUGGUUUUUAGUAUAUACUAUUACAGGCGCUUAGAACGAAAAAAAGUUGAAAAAGAGAUGAAGAACAUUGAUGCAAUGUUCUCUCAAGAUCAGACUAACAAUGAGGAGAAUGUGAACAUGGACCUACCUAUGAUACCUCUGAGUACGAUUCUAAAGUGUACCGAUAAUUUUUCUGAUAAAUAUAAAUUGGGGGAAGGUGGAUUUGGAGGUGUCUACAAGGGUGUUUUAGCAGACGGAAGGGAAAUUGCUGUCAAAAGGCUUUCGAAAACUUCGGUUCAAGGAGUGGAGGAAUUUAAGAAUGAAGUAAUGUUGAUUGCGAAAUUGCAGCAUCGGAACCUUGUGAGAUUGCUGGCUUGCUGCAUUGAGAAAAAGGAGAAGCUGCUUAUCUAUGAAUACUUACCGAAUUCAAGCCUCGAUGUUCAGCUACGCGAUAUGGUAAAGGCGGCACUGUUGAACUGGAAACAACGAUUAAACAUUAUUAACGGGAUUGCUAAAGGGCUUCUGUAUCUUCAUGAAGACUCUAGACUCAGGGUUAUUCAUCGAGACUUGAAAGCUAGCAAUGUACUGUUAGAUCAUGAAAUGAAUCCGAAAAUCUCAGACUUUGGACUAGCAAGAACAUUUGGAGGAGACCAGGGGGAAGGAAAUACAGUUAGAAUCGUAGGAACUUACGGAUACAUGGCUCCAGAAUAUGCUAUCGAAGGCUUGUUUUCAGUGAAAUCGGAUGUUUUCAGCUUUGGUGUUCUUUUGCUAGAGAUCAUCAGUGGAAAAAGGAACAACAAAUUCUAUCUUUCAGAGCACGGCCAAAGUCUUCUCACAUAUGCAUGGAACUUCUGGAGUGAAAGCAAAGGUUUAGAAUUGAUGGAUCCAUCGAUAGCGAAUUCAUAUGAUCCUAGUGAAGUGUUGAAGUGCAUACAGAUUGGCUUAUUGUGUGUGCAAGAUAAUGCAGCUGAUAGACCUACAAUGUCAAGUGUUCUUCAAAUGCUUGGAAGUGACAAUGUUACUCUUCCAAGUCCCAUAUGUUCAGCUUUUUCUGUUGGAAGGGCUACAAAUACAAUUGAAGGAGGGACUUCAUCAAAUGCUUCCGCCCCUGUCCCUGUCAACGAUGUCAACGAUAUAACCUUAUCCGAAAUUAUGCCUAGGUGA